AUGUCUAGCCGGCAAUUACGCAAGUUGCAGAAGCAGAAGGAGGAGGAGCUGCUUAACCUUCAACAUGUGGCUGCUGAUAAAGGUGGCGAGGAGUCAUCCGAGGACGAGCCCAUUGUCACGAAGCCCCGCGGUAACAUGUUUUCGGGCUUUGCCGCCCUACAGGAUGACGACGAGAACGAGAAUGAGAGCAGCGAAGAAGAACCCGCUCAUCAAGCGCCUCAGGAGCAAGCUGUCGAACAGGUAGCACCCGCCAAGACGAGCAAGAAGUCCAAGAAGAAGAAGAAGAAGGGCAAGCAAACCAAGCCGUCAGCCCCAGCCCAAAAUGAAGCCAAGUCCAUCGACGAAGUCGACCGCGCCCUUGAAGAGCUCAAACUGGAGGCGUACCCAUCAGGCGGUUCUGUCGUCGCCGCACCUGCCGACAAAGCGACCAAUAUUCUUGAUAAGCUUCUGCGCAUCAACUUGCAGCAUCUCAAGGCUAUCAACGAGAUGCGCAUGAUCUUUGGGAAGGCGAUCGAUGUGGCUGAGCUUGAGCAACGCAGCGAGGGGAACCAGCAGCCUGUGCGGCGCGGGGAGGGGGUAAAUCUCGAGACCUUCCUCAGCGCAAGCGCGGGCAACGUAGGCCAGGGAAACAGAGGCGUCUUUGAGGCCACUCUGCGCGCGAAUCCCUUCGUAGACGGCAAGAGGACGUGGCCCCCUGGCACACCCCUGGGUCUUAAGAUGAUCCGCGUCAGCGACGAGUCGCAGGAUGAGGUUGAGUUUGCCUUUGCACACGACAGCAACUACGACUCCCUGGAAAGCGGCUUCUUUGGGCUCGUCCAAAUGCUCGAUCCCAUGCAGAUUGUCACCUACCUGUACCGGUACCCGUACCACGUCUCCUCGCUUCUCCAAGUGAGCAAGGUCGCCCAGCAGGACCAGAACUCGGCGCUCGCAGCAGACCUUAUCGAACGCGCCGUCUUCACAUUCGGACGGGUCAGCCUCAACGGGUUUCGCAAGAAGCUGGAGACGGGCCAGGCAAGGUUGAGCUUUGCUCGACCCGAGAACCGCCAGUUCUACCUCGCUGGCUUCAACCUCAUCCAAAAACUGGCCCUGAAGGGCACCUACCUGACAGCGCUCGAAUGGUCCAAGCUCUUGCUGAGUCUCAACCACGAUGACCCCUACGCAGUGGUCAACUGGAUUCACGUCCUCGCCAUCCGCGCACAGGAGUCCGAGUGGUUCAUCGACUUCUGCAACUCGCCCCUUUUCGACGACCCGAAAAACGUCUACGCCAAACAGAGCCUGCCCCUCGCCCAUUUACAGCUCGACGAUACCCCCACCGCCAUAUCCACCCUCGUCGAGGGGAUGAAGACACUCCCGUGGCUCUACUGCGCCCUCUUCAGCGCGCUGAACCUCGACACGCCCCAGCCCGUCUGGGGCAUCCAGCCCCGCGACGACGACGAAGCCCUCCACACCAAGCUCUACAUCCACCUGACCAAAGAGCUCUGGAGCACGCCCCAGCGCACCUCCCUCCUCAAGCAAGCGGCAGCCACCAUCCCCACGGCCAUCUCCACCAGGGACCUCCCCCCACCCACCGCCGUCUCGCUCGCCACGACGCGCUUCGUCUUCCUCGACAACGCGCCCGCGCUCAUGGCGGCCGUGCCGCGCGGCAUGCUGCACGCGGCGUCGCCCAACUUCGAGUUCGACCCCUUCCCGCCCGCCCGGGAGGCCAACCUCUUCUCGAGCCCGGCCCAGUCGCUGCCGUGGGCGGCGGCCGAG